AUGGAUAACGAGUCUCGCGAAAUCGUCCGUCUCUGGAGAGUCUACAGAACCAUCCAUCAACUCUGCGCUCACAGAGGCUACCUGAUUGCUCAGAAUGAGUUGGACCAGGACCUUGAGAAGUUCACCGGCUUGUUUGCCAGUCACGGAAAGGUUGAGUAA